CAUGCAAUAAAGUUUUGUUUCAUGCGAGGGUGGUCAAAAAAAGGAAAAGAAAAAAAAAGAGUGGGGCACCUGGACCCAGAGAGUGAAUGAGAGAGAGAAAAAGGGAAGGAGGAGGAAAAAGACUCGCUCGCCAAUGUAAACGUAAAGGCCGUGGCGUCUCAGUCGCAGGAUUGCACGCGCAACGUAAGCGUAAGUCGCAACCCAGCGGUGGUGAUUUCGUGUUCUUUCGGUCGAACUCGGCGAAACCGGCUUGCAUACUACUUCAAAGAUAAUUCUCAUUUCUCACCAAUACAUUAACAAAACUCACCGUAUUCAUUCGUUCAAGUAAGGUCCUCUCAUCCACACACGUGCUUGUAAACAAGUGGUCGCCAUUGUGGACAAGACGCGCGAUUCUCUCAUGUAGAGAUUUUUCCUUAAAACAUUUUGUGUUUAUAAAAAAAGUGUUGGCAGUGUUGGCGAAAAAAAGAAACAUUUAACAGAAUUUCAAGGACAAGGAACACAAGAAACAAAAAGAACUCUGUGAACAUUGUGCUCUAAGGAAAAUUUCUUUUCAAAAGUGUUUUUUUUUGAGAAAAUCUAACGAAAAUUAUUUUUGCAAAAGGAAAAGUUAUUAGAGAAUUAUUCUCCUGUGUGUGAAAAGAGGUUAUGUUAAGGGGGAAAAAAGGAAGAAAGGUUAUAACGGCUUAGCGGUUGGUGAGCGAGGAGGAGCAGGUCAUGCAAGUGACGUAAGAUAACGGAUCGUCCAGGAGUAGAGAGUGUUUGCGGCUUAAAGUUAAAUUGUAAAGUAAGAGAAGCUCUGACUCGGAGCUGGUGACCGGAAAUAGACAGGCAAAGUAGAAGCAAAAACAGCAACAGCAGCAGCGGCAUUAGCAGUAAGCACAAUGGGUGAACGACGUGGUACCAAGGCGCUUGAACUCUGGUGCAGAAGGAUAACUGACGGCUAUCCUGGUGUUAAUGUGCAAAAUAUGACAACUUCGUGGAGGGAUGGUCUCGCAUUUUGCGCCAUGAUUCAUCAUUUUCGUCCUGAUCUCAUUGAUUUCGAUAGUUUGAACAAGGAUGAUAUUUACGGAAACAACGAGUUGGCAUUCAGGAUUGCGGAGCAGCAUCUGGGGAUUCCAGCACUUCUCGAUGCAGAGGACAUGGCUUCGUGUGCUGUGCCAGAUCGUCUAUCGAUUCUCACCUACCUCUCACAAUUCUAUCAAUCCUUUGGAGUUUCAUCACCAACUCGACUGGCCCUAAAUCGAACAACUGAAAGUUCCUCCGAAAGAAUUGCACCAGUACCAGAAUCUCCUAAACCGAAGAUGGGGUCACGUUUGGGGAUGCGGAGGGAUCCUUGCGCCGUGUGUGGUCUUCCUGUUUUCCUCGCUGAGAAAUUGGUCAUCUCCCGUAUGCACUAUCAUCGCACAUGCUUUCGCUGUGCCCGCUGUAAAAAUCAAUUAACACCCGGCAAUUACUAUGAGACCGAGGACGGACAAUAUUGCUGUGAAACGUGUCCCGACGAGGAAGCAUUAGCAUACAAUAACGAAGCCACUUGUUUUUCAUCACCAACAACAGCGAAUGAUGAUAUUUUACAAAAAUCUCUCAGCGAUGAAGAAAAAAUUGUCAAAUCAAUUGAUCCAAAAAUUUUACAAACACCACAGACGGCAUCAACACCCAAUAAUAAUAAUAAUAAUAAUACAGAUGAUGACAGUAAUGAUAUUUCGUCAUAUUCGUCAUCCGCACAACAAUUGAGAUUAAAAUUCAUCGAGAGUAAUUUAAUAGCAGAAAAAUUAUCAAUUUUUAAUGAUGAUAUUGUGUCAUUAGAUGAUGAACUCUCGGCAGCCCCAAAUUCAUCAGCAUUGAGGAGAUUAAUGAUGAGCGAUGCUGAAAAUAGUGACCCCGUAAUAAAUGAUGAUAAUGAUCAGCGCCUUACUGCCAUUUCGUCCCAUGACGUAGAUUUUAAGUGUCUAGAUGAUAAGACAAAUACCAAAGACUUAGACGGCGAGGCUGCGACUGCAUCUCUCGUUCAGCAACGUUUGAAAAUGUUCGAGAGUCAGGACAAAAAGUUAAAAGUAGUCAACACCGUCAAGCCUGCUUUGUCCAAGAAGGAUUUGACAUCCUUCUUCCCCCCAACAAAUCAAGAAGAGAAUAAUGAGAUAGAAAGUGAUGAAAAUGAUGGAAAUGAUGGAAAUGAUUCCCCAAUUUUCGAAUCGAAAAAACCUUCCGAAAAAUUCAACCCAAGGGAAACAAAAUUAAAACGAAUGGACACAUUAGAAGCCGAGUUUGAACGUCUCCUUGAGUCAAAUUCAAUAGAAUCGGAACAAGUAUUUUUAAACGAAACCGAAGAAUCGAACAUUUUCAAUCCGCCAGAAACGGAACUAGAACUAAAACCAGAAUUGAAAUUAGAGCAAAAAGACACGAUUCAAUCUCAAGAAAGGGAAAUAGAAAAAAAAGAAAAAGUUGAAAUCGACAAAAAUUAUUCGAGAAGUCAAUUAGAAACGGAUGAAUUGAAUUUAUUCACCGCAAAAGGAAUAAAUUUGAGUGAUGUCCAGGUCGAUAAUUAUCCGCAAGAUUUAAAUCCAUUUGCCGAUGAAGAAGAAGAAGAAGUAGAAGAAGAGGAAAUUGUCAAUGAAUCGAAGAAGAAUACAAGUAAAAUUUCAACAAAUCCAUUUGGCAGUAGUGAUGAUGAAGAAGAAAUGAAAAUCCAAGAGACAAGAAUUAAAAGACGUUUGAAAGCACCGGAAAUUAGUUUGAAUCCAUUUUCCAGUGAAGAUGAUGAUGAUGACGAUGAAUAUAAUAAUGAUAACAAUACAAAGGGAAAAAAUAUCGAACGAGAUAAAAAUGUUCCGAUUAAUUUCCCUGUUCCUAAACCAAGAACAAUCAAUCUUAUAACAUCAAAGCAGAAUUUGGAACGGAGCGGAAUGUACGCUUCGAAUACUUCCCUGGCAAGUUGUGGAUCCACACCUGGGGCAAGUUCUCGAAAGAAAAAACCUGCACCACAGCCACCUACCAAAGAAAUCCUUUCUUCACCCCAUUCGAAUCCAACCACACCGAAACGUAAUUCAUCUAUUAACACUACUAACUCAUCACCACACAUGACGCCACGUAUGAGAAAAUCAAAACCAGCACCACCUCCACCAAUUUUAACUAGUACACCACAAAAUGAAUCACUUUUAUCGCACAUCAAUUGUAAUGAAUCUCCGAUUCAAGAAUUAAUCAGCGAUGACGAUUUAUGUAAAUUAAAUAUGUGGGAGGAUCAAAAAUCGAAUAAAGAUGAAGUAAAUAGAACGAGACAGAGUCUCUCUUGUCACGAUAGUCAAUCGUAUGCUUCAUACGCGGACAAAAGUGUUCAGGGAAAAUGGAAAAGAAAAAAGGGGCCGGCACCCCCUCGACCAGUUCCCCUUCGCAGAAAGAUCAAAGUAUUAUCGAUGAAAGAUAUAAAAUUGGAACUGGAUCAAAUAGAAUUACAACAACAAGGUUUGGAACGACAAGGCGUCCGUUUGGAGCAAAUAAUUCGAGAUAAAUCCGAAUCGAAACCAAACGGGGAAGACUCGAAUUUAGAUGGAGACGUGGAAGAAUUAGUGUUAGAAUUAUUUGUCCUCGUGAACGAAAAGAAUGAAUUGUUCAGGAGACAAGCGGAAUUAAUGUUAUUACGAAGACAGCAGAGAUUAGAGGAAGAACACGCUGAUGUUGAAUAUCAAAUAAGGUGCCUUAUGUGUCAACCUGAAGCUACAAAAACUGAUUUUGAUAAGCAACGAGAGGAAACAUUAAUCCAAAGGUUGGUACAAAUUGUCGAAAGGAGAAAUGAAAUAGUCGAGUGCCUUGAAAUGGAUCGAAAACGUGAAGUUGAGGAAGAUCGCAGUAUUAAUAAACAUAUGGGUUUAUACGCGGCAAAAGGUAAAAGUGAUACGAGUAGUGAUAAUGAUGUAAAUCGUCCGUCCAAGACAAAGAAAGGAAAACUCAAGGAGAAAUUGAAGGAGAAAAAAUUGAAGAAGAGCCAUAAAAAGGAUGCCGAUAAAGAUGUCGAUGAGGCCGAAUUAAAACUUAAACGCCAUAACAAGAAAAAGUGGUUUUAAUCCACAUGUUUUUUUUAACCCUUAUUUUUACUUAUAUAUAAAGUUUAAAGAAGAAAAGAAUCACAAUUUUUUUCGUUGCAUUUGACUGGUCAAAUUUAAUACUUUUUUAUGUUUUCUUUUUUAA